AAAUUUGUUGUUCAAUUGGUUGGCGUUGAGACUUUGAUGAUACAAUUGAAUUGGGUAGUUGGCAUUGAAACUUCGAUAGUGCAGUUGAAUCAGAUGAUUGGUGCUGAGGCUUCGAUGGUGCAGUUGAAUUAG